UAGCCGCUUCCAUUUUAAGUUAGAGAUGAUGAAGUCGUGAGGUGUAAACGAGUGCUCAGUUUUGUGACAGGCUUCGUAGCCAUUUGACUUGGUGAUAUUGCCGUGCUAUGCUCCAUGUUGGAGCUCCAGUGUAGAGUGAUAAAGAUGGACGUGGCCAUGAAGCUGGAGUUUGACAGCUGUGACGAGGAGGAGGUUAAUAAUACUUCCUUCCACACGCUCAGCUCGGGCUGUGAUGUGGACGAUGGCGGCGAUAUCUCUGGUGAGGAUGUACCACCACCCAGCCCUUCCCCAGCGCGUCUCUUCAGUCCUAGGAAGGCCUCUAGGCCUAUUAUCAAGGCUGAGUGCCUGGCCAGCCAACAUGCCGUCGAGUCACCGCCAUAUAAGAAAAUUCGAGCGUUGCGUCUCUUUGACUCUCCAGCGACGCCCAAGACGCUACUCCAGAAAAGCACAGCCGAGGCUUUAAGCCGACCAGGCUCACGAUCACGACUAUUCCCAACACUGAGGCAGAGAACAGUGUUGCCAGCAGCUACUAGCCAGGCUCCAGUCAACCUCACACCUCCCACAACCUCCACACACACCAAGGAACAAGGAAAAUCAGCAACUAGAGAAGUUGCUAAUAUUAAUCCCUUCACCCCCACCGGCAUGUUACUCUCCUCCAGGAAGAGAUCAAGAUCAAAGAGAGAAAUAUCAACUGGGCAAACAAACCUUUCAGAAAGUAUGGACCUCAGUCUGGAAGAUUGUUGUAAUGAUUCAUGUGAUGAAUGUGAGGAUGAAACUGGCAGACCCACGAAGAGAUUAGCAAUACAUGAAGCUAAUGUCUCGAGAUAUCAUCAUGAAUUUCUUGAACUAGAACAGAUAGGGCAAGGAGAAUUUGGCGGCGUGUACAAAUGUCGGCAUAGAUUAGAUGGGUGCAUUUAUGCAAUCAAAAAAUCUCUAAAGCCAGUAGCAGGAUCAGUUAAUGAGAGAAUAGCAUUAAACGAAGUUUAUGCACAUGCAGUCUUAGGGAAGCAUCCUCAUAUUGUUCGGUACUAUUCUGCUUGGGCAGAGAAUGAUCACAUGAUAAUUCAGAAUGAAUACUGUAAUGGGGGCUCCUUGGCAGAUAUGAUAGAAAAGGCUAGAACGGGUAGAAAAAUAAGUGAACACAUCCUGAAGCAAGUCCUUUUACAUGUAGCGAAGGGCCUCAAGUGCAUUCACACUCUCCAGUUAGUGCACAUGGAUAUAAAGCCAGCAAAUAUCUUUGUAUCCCGGGAACAGAAAGUGAAUUUACAAGGAGAAGAAUCGGCAGAUGAUGGAUUUGAAGAGGAGCAUAUUGAGGAGGAAGAGGAAGUUACCUAUAAAAUUGGUGAUCUUGGUCAUGUUACAUCCAUGGGUAAUCCUCAAGUGGAAGAGGGAGAUUGCCGGUACCUUCCUCGAGAGAUUCUCCAGGAAGAUUUUACUCAAUUGCCCAAGGCAGAUGUAUUUGCUCUAGGUCUUACCAUAUAUGAAGCUGCAAGAGGUGAACCUCUUCCUCUUAAUGGAGAGGAGUGGCAUGCAAUUCGUAAUGGGGAGCUAGAGCCACUGCCAGGAUAUUCCCUAGAGAUGCAAUUAUUACUGAAGCAAAUGGUUCAAACUGACCCAUCUGCUCGACCCACAGCAUCACAGUUAGUUCACCAUCACACGCUCUGCCCACCUACAGUAAUGUCUCGUGAACAGUUACGUCGAGAACUCAAUGCAGAAAGACUUAAAAAUGAUAUUUUAUCUCGGCAACUGAAAGAAGCUGCCAAGUGUCUUAAAAGUUUAACACCAGGUACUGUAACCUCUACCGUAGUUGCAGUAGCCUCUGGUGUGCUUGCUGGCGUGGCACCUACCCCUGCUAAUGUUCCUUCAAUACCACCCACGAGAUCAGGGCCUACCACGAGAAACUCUAGAUUAAUAGGUAAAAAAGCAAAUAGAAGUGCGAGCACUAGUAAUUUCUGAUUUAUAUAAAUAUUAUAAUGAAAUUAUAUGGCAAAAUUAAAUUAUAAAUAAUUCAGCUAAUUAGCCUAUGAAUUAGUGCUUUUAGUCAUUUUGUAAAUACAUGUACAGUGAUAUCUACAAAUAUUGAGAUCAAAGAUCUUUGUUUUAUACCUAUUUGAAGAGGUUUUGAUCUGUAUAAUUGCACUUGUAGAUAUGAACUGGGUUGUAAUUUCAGAAUGGAUGUAGAAGUUGGCAUGAUUGAGUGAAAGAUAGGUAAUGGAGUCAGACUUCAAGAAGUGGAUCUAGUCUCCGUGCACGCAUUUUCUCGUGCAAUGCUCACUACUGAAAAUAGUCCCACAUUUGUUGGGUAACCUUAUGCAUAGCACAAUUGUGCUCAAAUUCAAACUGUCGUACCUACUGAAGCCUCGCAUUUGCAAGGCACCAAUAUACCCAGAAUGCUUUGGGUGAUACUUUAACAGAAGCUUUAAAAAUGUUUAGUUUACAAUUUGUAUAGUAUUUGGGUAGCCAAGUCAAUUAAACAUUUUAGCACUGUUUUUCUAGGGUCACUCAAGUUGUAGUUGAAAUAUACAAGUUCUGGGAAUUUUAAUGCUUGCACUUGUAAAUUUGAUUAUAAUUGAACUUUUAAAUGGCAGGGGGUAGGUGAUCACAAUGAACUUACUAGGAGUACUGGAAGCAUGUGAUACUGCCUCUCCCCAGUUUUGAAAUGCAUUAUAACAAUCAUACAAUCACGUGCCUUAUUAUUGUGAUAGUAGUUAUAUCCUUUUCAUUAUCUAGUUAUUCUUUUACUAUUGAAAGUUUUGCUAGCUUUUUUCUAUACAGUAAUUACAAAACUUUUUAGGUAGAUUUAUUUUAAAUACAUAGGGCUAUGUAUGUAUACUUUUAUUUCUAAUGGAUAAAAUGCCAUCUUUUGGUUUAGCUCUGACUAUAUAGCAGCAUUGUCACAAAUUUUCCAAACAGGUUUUUCAGGUUGUCUUCGGAUAAGACAUUCCGUGUACUGUGAUUUCUUGCUUUCUCUGUACUGUUUUGUAUAAAUAAAUUUUAUAUUAAUUUG